GGAGGGACCCCUCUUCCUUCUCGUGGGUGUGUAGCGGGGCUGGGGUGGUUGGGCUUUUUUUUUUUUUUUUUUUUUCCUUCUCGGGGGGUGGAGCGAUUAAUUUGGAGACCCGGGACGGGGCUGCGGAGACGCUGCCGCUGCGACCUGCAGGUCCGGCCGCCCCCUCGCUGCCGGCUCUGCCCGCGCCGGGCUGAAGAUGCAGUAAAGUGAGGAGAGCGAUUCAGAUGUAAAACUGCAAAUUGACCAUGCAUUGAUGAAGAAACAGCUGCAUGUACUGCCUUUCAAUUUCACAUCCUUACAUCUGAUUUGAAGUGACGGUGAGAGGAAGCAUAAGGUAUCUCUCGUUCUGUUUGGACUCCUUACAGAAGAGUGAUGGAGAUGCUCUUAAGCACAAAAGGGAUCACCAUAUGCCUCUUUUUCUUUGCAUUCAGUUUGGCAGUAGCUAUUGAAAUACCAUUAUCAGUUGCGCAGCUCCCAACAAUCACGGAGCAGUCUCACACCCAGGUUGCCUACCCUUUUGAUGAGGACUUUACAAUUAAAUGUGAAGCUAGAGGAAACCCCCAGCCCACCUUUAACUGGACUAAGGAUGGAAAACCAUUUGAUUUAUUGUCUGACCCGAGGAUAGUUGCAUCUAACAACUCUGGAACAUUUGUGAUUCAAAACCGUGGAAUCAUCACCAAUUUUCAAGGGAAAUACCGUUGCUUUGCAUCCAAUGUGCUGGGAACUGCCAUGUCAGAAGAAAUAGAGUUAAUUGUUCCAAGUGUACCAAAAUUCCCCAAAGAAAAAAUUGAGCCCCUUGAUGUGGAGCAUGGUGAUUCCGUGAUUUUGCACUGUAACCCCCCAAAAGGCAUCCCGCCGUUGCAUAUCUAUUGGAUGAACAUUGAUUUGCAGCACAUUCCACAAGAUGAAAGGGUCUCCAUGAGCCUUAAGGGAGAUCUCUACUUUGCAAAUGUGGAAGAAAACGACAGUCGAAGUGAUUAUUGUUGCUUUGCCGCCUUUCCAAGACUGAGGACGAUUGUACAGAAAAUGCCAAUGACGCUGAAGGUUUCCCGUUCAAAUUUUAUCAAGGAAAGAAAACCCAAACUGCUGAUUCCUCCUGAAACCGCUGGCAGUAGCUCCUCAGUCACUGUCAUCAAGGGAGGUGUCCUGCUACUCGAAUGCAUUGCUGAAGGGCUCCCGACUCCUCAUCUAAGCUGGGUCAAGGUCACUGGAAACUUGCCCAAGGACGAACCAGAAACAGAAAAUUUUGGGAAGAUACUGAAGAUAGAGCAAGUGACUGCAGCCGAUGAAGGAACGUACCAGUGCACGGCAAGCAACCCCAUGGGCAGAGCGAAGCACGAGUUCCACGUUCACGUGGAAGAGCCUCCUCGGUGGAUUAAAGAGCCCGAAGGUGGUGUUUACAGCGUAGGAACAAAUCUUGUGCUGCUGUGCGAAGCUAUUGGCAACCCAGAGCCAACCAUUCAGUGGAAACUUAACGGGAUGCCCAUCGAUAGUAGGACCUUCAGAGGGAGAAUCUCUGCCAGAGAGAUCAGCCUUACCAACCUCCAGCUUCAGGACAGCGCUGUGUACCAGUGCGAGGCCACCAACAAGCACGGCACCAUCCUUGCUAGCGCCAACGUGAACGUCCUCAAUAUUGCUCCCUUAAUACUGACCUCAGAUGGUGAAAACUAUGCCACAGUUGUGGGUUACAGUGCCUUCCUGCACUGUGAAAUUUUUGCCUCGCCUGCAGCAGAUAUUAGAUGGACUAAGGAUGACAGCAUAGAGCCACUUUCGACAUUACGCUAUGAGUUAAAUAAGAAUGGCACCCUAGAGAUCAAAGAGACAAAGAAAGAAGACUCAGGAUCGUACGCCUGCUGGGCUGCAAACUCUGUUGGAAAAAGAGCAAUCACUGCUAAUCUGGAUAUAAGAGAUGCUACAAAACUUGUUGUUACUCCGAAGAACCCCCGAGUGUUGAAAUCACAUUCGAUUUUAUUGAAAUGUCAGUCUGAGUAUGAUUCACACUUGAAACACAGUUUUAAAUUAUCCUGGAGGAAAGAUGGAGAUAAGCUGCCAGUCAACAGCACGGAAGAUGGCAGGAUAAUUCUGGACAGGGAUACCCUGUUCAUAUCAAGCGUGACUCUGGAGGAUCAAGGAGUGUACACGUGUGUGGCUAGCACUUCUCUGGACAGCGUCACAGCCGCGUCGCAGUUAGUUGUCCUUGACGUUCCUGAUCCGCCAGAAGACCUUCAGCUCUCAGAAAAUCAAAACCGAAGUGUUCGACUCUCCUGGAAAGCUGGGGCCAGUCAUAACAGCCCUAUUAAUGAGUCAAUUAUCGAGUUUGAAGAGAACCGGUGGGAGCCAGGGAGGUGGCAGGAGCUAACCCGCGCCCUGGGGAAUGACACCACAGCCCUGUUGUCCCUGGCCCCGUAUAUGAAUUACCAGUUUCGCGUCGUGUCUGUGAACGCUGUGGGAAGGAGCCAGCCUAGUAAACCAUCGCUGCGCUAUGCAACACCUCCGGCUGCUCCAGACAAGAACCCAGAAAACAUCCGAGUUGAAGCUUCUGAACCAAAUGAAAUGGUGAUGAAAUGGGAGCCAUUGAAACCCAUGGAGAGGAACGGGCCGGGGCUGGAGUACAAAGUCAGCUGGCGGCAGCGGGGAGUCGAGGCAGACUGGAACGAGGAGACGGUGAAGAAGCAUUCUCUGACCCUGCGAAACACUCCCACCUUCGUGCCUUAUGAGAUCAAAGUCCAAGCGGUAAAUAAUUUAGGAUCCGGUCCUGAACCAAACGUUACCAUCGGAUAUUCAGGAGAGGACGUUCCAGAUGCCGCUCCUUCCGGCGUAUCGGUGGAUAUUGUGAACAGCACGCUGGUCAAAGUCUUCUGGUUUGGAAUACCAAGGGACAGAGUUCGUGGACAUUUAAGAGGCUAUAAGGUCAGUUGGUGGAAAACAAAAAACAUGCUGGAUGGAAAAAGGCAUCACCCAGAGAAACACUCCCUAACGUUUGUAGGAGACAGAAACUAUGGGAUGAUUCCCGGUCUAGAGCCCUUCAGUGAAUUCCGCUUAACUGUUUUGGCUUACAACGCCAAAGGAGAUGGCCCGGAAAGCUCCCCCGUUGUGUUUGAAACUCCAGAGGGAGUUCCCGAACAACCACGUUUUCUAAGGAUCCUGAACUUUGACAAGGACUCCGUCACUCUGUCAUGGGGACUUCCCAAGAAAGCAAACGGCCACCUUACUGGCUACAUUUUGCAAUACCAGAUAAUAAACGAAACGCACGAAAUCGGACCUCUGAGUGACGUCAGCAUCACCAACCGCUCCACACUCAGCUGGAGGCUUUCAGGUCUCAGCUCCAGUACCAAGUACAAAUUCUAUGUAAAGGCUUGUACGGUCAAGGGCUGUGGGAAGCCGGUCACAGAAGAAGGACUAACAAUGGCUCAAGGGAGUAAAGGGAUCGGCAAGAUUUCAGAAGCAGUAAACCCCACCCAAAAGUUUCACCCCAUUGAGGCACUUGAGCCUGGAACUGAAUAUACAGUUCGUCUAGUGACUAAGAACUGGGUUGAUAACAAUAGCAUUUUUGAAGAUGUAAUUGAGACGAGGGGGAGAGCCUAUGCUGGCAUUUAUGACGGAAUUUCCACCCAGGGGUGGUUUAUUGGACUGAUGUGUGCCAUCGCUUUGCUCACCCUACUGCUGCUAACUGUUUGCUUUGUCAGAAGAAAUAAAGGAGGAAAAUAUUCAGUGAAAGAAAAAGAAGAUUUGCAUCCAGAUCCCGAAGCUCAAUCAAUAAAAGAUGAAAUCUUUGGGGAAUAUAGUGACAGCGAUGAAAAGCCGCUGAAAGGCAGCCUCCAGUCAAUUAACGGGGACAUUAAAGCCACUGAAAGUGCUGAUAGUCUGGUAGAUUAUGGAGAAGGGGAGCACGGGAUGUUCAAUGAAGAUGGUUCAUUUAUUGGAGCUUAUUCUGGAUCUAAGGAAAAAGGAUCAGUGGAAAGCACUGGGAGUUCUACGGCAACUUUUCCUCUCCACGCCUAAAAUAUUGGCAAGAAUGAUUCGUGUUUAAUUGCGAUAUUUAUCUUGAUUAGCGCUCCACAGUUACCACAUGUGAUUGGAAGCAGGUUGCCAAUUGAGCCAGUCAGGAACCUGACAUCCAGGUAAUAUAAAAAUAAGUCACUGCCACUAAAAGAUGAUUUUGCCAUCCUAAUUUCUAGAUGUUUUCUUCUGAUUAAAACAAAACAAAUAAUUCUUUACUGUACAAAAUGUCUUAGUCUUACCAAAACAGAAUUUCUCAGUGUUACAUCUCUAUACUUAACUGCUACUCCGUGUGUUUCUUAGGUUUGGAAUAUGUUUCUCUGUAUAGUAAUUUUUUUUCCUGUAUGGCUGUUGUCACUUUGCACGGCUGUUGUCACUUUGUACAUACAUUUAUACGUAGUAUUCCCUCACGUACCGUGGCCUCGGCAUUGUAGAGGUUAUAAUACAAGCAAAUCAAACAAAACCAACAGUGCACAAAGUGACACGAUGCAUUCUACCGAGAAAAAUAAUAAUUUUAAAUACUGGAGAAAUAUAUUCUAUAUGUUGUAUAAUUUUUCAUAAAGAAAUAAACUCCUUUGCUUAUGAUGCUCUAAAAUUAUUUUAGUGGUUACAGCUGACUGCAGUUACCAAUACUUAGAGAUGCAACUUUACCUACAGAAAAAUUGCUCUUAAAAGACAAAGCUCUGGCCUUGUGGAUGAAUCUUCUGCCCAGUAGCUGGCACUAUUUCCUUAAGUAAGUUAAGCUGCAGUAUCUUUCCUGUGGCAAGGCAAAACAGGGUUCCCAUCCACCAUCAUUAGAAAGUAUUUUAAUUUGUUGUCCCGAGUCUCUGCAAGCUGCAUUUCUAAGCAAGAUGCUUGUUGUCUGUCUCAUAUCUGUAUAUUUGUGCGCUAGCAUACAUUUCACGGAGACGUUGUACAUAUGAUAUUAAUAUUGACACAAGUGAAAAUCAGCCUUGUUUUAUUUUGAAAUGAGACACGUUGCUAGCAUGAGUCUGUAUAGCUGUGUAGGAAUGAAUAGAAUUGCUUCUCAGUAUGGGUUUGGACCAGCAAAACUAGUCUUCAGAAGGAGUUGUGCGUGUACCAGUCAUAUAAAUCUCACAUCUUUCUAGUAUCGCGUAAAAUAGACCUACCUGACUUUCAAGAGAUCAUUUAUUUUCAAGCUAUUCCUUGUUAAAUAAACAAAAGCAAAAACAAAGAGAAAAUAUUACGGUAUAGUUUCUUUUAUAUUUUGUUUACUGAACACUGGUUUAGAUCUGGUUCUUUUCUUUGCUUCUCCAAUACUAACUCAGCGAAGCUGUACAGCACAUUUUUUUGGUCUUUUUCUAUUGGAAUAUCCUGAUUCUUUUAAAAGCAUUUGUAUUUUUGAAUAUGCUUAUUUGAGUAGAGUAUCAAUAUGGCUUCAUUUCUUCUUGCACUUACAAAUGACUGUCACUUCAAUCAUAGUAUUUUUUUUAAAUACUUAUUGCAGGAGGAAUAGGUCCUAAAAGCCAUUUUGCAUCGUGGUAGUAAUUAGGCAAAUAUCCCCAAUGGCUCCUUCACGGUCUCCAUUACUUCAAUAGAGGAAAGAGAGGAAGCAAGCGUUACUCACGUGGUUACGAGUUUCCAGUAACGCCUGCAAUUAGAGCCCGUUAGUUGCCCGCAGAGAUGCAGGUUGGUACCCGUGGGAAGGCCACGGCGGUACGCAGCUCCCCUUGCGCUGGGGCUGAUCCCCACGGAGGCUGAAUCCUCUUUUUUUUUUUUUUUUUUUUAAUUAUUUUCGCUUGUAAGGAACUUUCAUCUGGCCUCUGUUUGGGAAAGCAAACCCCAAAGAGCCAGCCCGACACCCCCAGUGAUGCUGUGUGUAUGGGUAUGAAAGGAUGAAUGGAAAUCUGCCCUGAGCCAAAAGUCACCCCGUCCCAUGUCAGUGACCCCGUGGCAUGAAGAGCUUGAUUUUAUUGUUUAUAAAGCUUUAUCUCCUGUAUUUCUCUCAGUCAAAAUGCUGAAAAAGUCCAAAUCUAUUUUCAUUAUUUAAAAAUUAUCAUUUUAAAAGAAGGGAGUGCAUAAUUGGAGAAAUGUGAAAAUUGGCAUCUCGUCGAGAGAGACUUUUCCCACCGGGGUCUCUAUCUGCUGCCUCUCGUCUGCUGCAGCCCAAACCAGAUAAAGUCUGAGAACUGAUCAGGCUCGUGACAACCUUUGUUACAAGCUUCGGGCUGGCUUUCAUCUAUUUCCUUUCGGAACAACCUGCACUAGCGCGUGAUCAAGGGUCUUUGAAAUAGCAACAAAAUUGGGGUGGACUCCCCGAAAUCCUCGCUGACCUCCCUGUGCAGAGGGCUGGACCGGAGCCCGCAGAGCUCUCCCAGCCUGGUCCCUCACCAGGGCAGAGCUUUGGGCAGACGCACGUGGGUCAGGCUGGAUGCGACCCAGCCGCGGUCCCAGCCGUCCUUCUCCCUGUACUUUGGGUGGCUGCAGAUCAGCUAGACUCCUCGUCCCAGAAAAUGCCGGUGCUAAACAGAUACAAAUUUCAAAUCAUAUUAGUGAGUGUCAAAUUAUCGAAUAAUGAAUAUAAAUCCCCUGUGCUAUCACUUGCUCUGUUGCUGCUAAGAGAUGUUUAUGACAUUCCUGUGAUGUGCUACUCAUCUGUGCCGGUAUGAGUGCUUUUUCUAUUAAAAUUUUAAUUCAGAUCCUUAAAUCUUAAUGUCGGUGUUUCACAAUGCCUCAGGGCCUAAAAAUCAUACAGUGACAAAAAGAUGUGCAACGGAAUUUGUACAGUGUGCACUGACUUUUGAGGAAUAUGCCCAAUGAAUAUUAAAUAAAUGGCUAAAACUCCCGGGGAAUCUCACUCACCUGAGCUUUUUUCUCUUUCCCAAUCAUUUCUUUUCCUUUUUUUUUUUCCCCCCACUGGGGUUUUAUUUUCUAUUGCAAGGGUACCACUCAUCCAGUGUACCUUGAAAACUGCAGCCACUAAUGUUUCUUUACAGAUUUGCUUUCAAAAAUAAACUAACAGGGUAAGCUCAGCUUUUCCUGAGCAGUGCCAGGAGAUGGGCUGCUUUUUUUUUUUUUUUUUUUUUUUUUCCAGGGCAGUCUGUUAGAGGUGAGAAGAAGUGUGGCCAUGCAGGCUGAAUAAAAAUAUCACCAAUUGUACUGCAGUUCUGAAAUAGUCCAUUAAAUCAAAUAACUUUUUUUUUUUUUAAAUUAUUAUUGCUCUGGCCAGGAGAGUUUAUUAAAAUUGGUCGAUGGAAAUCUGUGGUGAUUUUCUUAAUUAAUACCUAGGCGGGAAUUUCAGACUGCCUGCUGGGAGGAGAGAGUCAGGAGCGGCCAGCCGUUGGGCGUGCAGACCAUGUCGGACAGGGAAUUAUUCAUUACCUGGUGCCGUGGCUGUUAGUUUGGCUACGUUUGGUUACGUCACGCCGUUACGUUUUGCUGGCAGUACGAGUGUGAGAGGGGAAAUGACACUUUCAGAUUUGAUGUCUCGGUCAACCCAGGAUGCAAUUUCAUCUGACAAGGAGGAGGCAUUUCCCUGGCCCCAGGAAUCCUGGCAGGCGGAUUUAAGCAGCCUCCUCUGGAACAUCAGAGGGAUGGAUGUUUCUCAAAAAGUUGUGCAAUUUUGACUAUGCAUAAGAUUAAGCAAAUAAAAUCAGCUCUUCCUAACUAAUGGGAAAAAACCCCUGUGUGGUGGCCCCUGUGGAAGUGAGCCGUUUGCAUUCACAGAGCAGCCUACCAUUGAUUUGGGCUGGAUUGUAAUCUCAAUCCUGAAUUUUUAUUUUAAAAAAAAAUAUAUAUAUAAUGUAAUUACACAAUCAAGAAUUUGUAGGAAUGUCCCCAGCUUCAUUCUCUGGCAAAAUCUGGGGACCCAAUCUCAAGAAAUCCUCGCUUGCGCUUGACUCUGCCCUUCAGCGGGUCUAACGGUACAGCACUGGGUAUCGAACCCGUUCCGGGGCUGGAUCUUGAGGAAAAGCAGAAUUAGGAACCAAAUCAGAAAAUGACUUUCCCCUCUGGGUAAAAAUGUGUGUGUAUGUAUAAUAAAUUAAACAACCUUCUCUGUAACUCAAGUUUUCAAUGGAUUUAAUUAGCAUAUCACUUAAGGAUGUAUGGUAUUUGUUCUGUUGUGUUCUUAUCACACAAACUUUAAUGAGUAGCUCUUUUCCUGAUGACCACUUCCAUUGACUUAAUGGGUCAGAUCCAGUGAAUGAGAGGUUCAAAUAAAAAUUUUCAGGACAAUAUUGUUUUUGAGAUGAAAACAAAUACUAGCACAAUCUUUCUAUAUAAAAAGGUGGGGUUUUUAACAGUAAUUCCACAUGCAGUUUUGUAAACUAAAGUUAGAAUAACAUUUACUGAUCCUUGCACACUUCUGAAAGGAAAUCUCAUCACAAUUUUUUGUAGUCAUUAUUUUGCAGAUGAGUGGUAAAUCUAGAUUAUUUUACAUACCUAUAAGAGCGAAUACAGAGAAAGAGAAAAAGGAAAUUCUUCAUGGCAAGAGAAUUUCCUUUGUUUGACAAUGGAUCAAGCCCUCAGCUGCAUCUCUGUUAAUGUUUAGUAUUUCAAAAUAAGGUGUAUAAACCGUGUUGGAGUACCGGUACAUGUUUACAUUGCGGCUCCCUAUCUUUCCUGUAAAAGUUGCCAGUGAUCUGCACUGAUUUGUUCAGUUUUCAGGCAGGAACCAGUAGCUGGGUUUGAGCCAAAGCAUACUGUCGCUUUUGUUUUUUAUUAUUAUUAUUACUACUUUACACAAGCUACUUUGUAAUUUCAUGAGAAAAGAUCAAAGCAAAUGUGGUGUCACCGUUACAAUGUUACUUUUUGAGCUAAAUGUUCGUGUGCAUUUAUUAAAGUUUAGAGAAACGUGUUGUACCGUAGUUGCUGUUUGUAUCCCGCAUAUGUGCACGUAUGGGUUUUUCAAGAUAUUUUCAUUUUACAUGAAAUACAACUUUGCUAAUAAAAGUUUGACUUGAUGUAAUCUUCAAAA